AUGGCUUUGAUAAUGGUUAAGGACGAUCUCGUAAUCAGAGACCCGCAACUUUUGAACGAUAGAAUUUUUCGGUGUACCGGUAUCUGUCCCAAGAAACGCAAUAAAAUAAUAUUCACCUUCUCGGUGGUGUACUAUACCGUGCACAUAGUUUUAGGAAUUUGGGAUUUCAUCGACUAUAUAGGCAUUCAAGACCACAUGGUGCACAACUUAUUGGAAAGUAUAUUAACGAUUUCGACGUUGUGCGGUAUGCUGGUGGUAGCUAAACGGGGCGAUGACUUGAAGACGAUAAUCGAAACGAUGAGAGACGAUAUGAAAAGAGAAAAGCUGUACGAUAACAUCGAGGAGAAGCGUUUGUACUACUACUACAACUCCAUCUCUUAUAAUUUCUGCAGAUACGCCCCAUUAGUCUCGUUUACUACAGUUGUACCGAUGUAUAUCCGUCCUUUAAUAGAAAUGCAUGGUUCUAAAGGAGUUAAUGGUAGCCUUGCUUAUCGUCUGCCUUUCCGGAGUCAUAUGAUAUUCGACUACAGGACACCAUCACGCUAUGCAAUAGUGUACGUCUACCAAUUCUACUGGUGUAUGUUACCGAUGAUCCAUAUAGCGGAAGUAGGUUUAAUAGUCAACUUGGCUCUGCACUGCUGCGCGAAAGUAUCGAUACUCGCCCAUCGUAUACGAAAUAUUCAAGUGGAUUCAACAAAAUCAUUCAAAGAUGGCAUCAGAAAAACAGUGAUCAUGCAUUUGGAGGUGAGAGAGUAUUAUGAGACAUUAAACAACAAUUUCAAUAUGAUGCUUCUGAUAGAACUCAUGAGCUGUGGUGUCAGAUUGAGCUUGUCGUUAUACUUCGUACUAAUCAAACUCGACGUUGACAUGGCAGCUUCAAUAAAUUUCAUGAUUCAUACCUUUGUUGUUGGUGCCUAUUUAUACGUGUUUUCCUACAUAGGCGAACAAGUAGUAUACGAGUCCCAACAAUUGGGUGACGCAUUCUAUAAUGUUCGCUGGGUAGAAGUAAACAGCCAGGAAAGAAAAGCGUUGUUAAUGUGUAUGAUGAAUGGACAAAAAACGAUGUACAUCACUGCUGGGAAAUUUUAUACUUUUUCGCUGUUCGGUUUCACCGAGAAACAUUCAAGAGGACAGUUGCAGUCUUCGCAAUACUUCCUCACCUCCCUCCCCUUAUAA